GGUGUGCUGAAUAUGACAUGCUCGACGUGCGAUCGAGCAGAUCGGCUCGAGCAUAACAUCCUUACUUGCGGGUAAACUUUAUUAAACCGAACCAACGUUUCUUUAAUAGUAAAAGAAACAUUAAAGAGUUGAGGUGCAGAUAGAAGAGCUCGAGGAUCCGCUUCAAUUCUUUUCAGUCCGCUGCGGAGACCAGCUCGCUGGGGAGAAACGACGGGACGGAAGGAGGAUCGAACAAAGACACGUUAUCGAGGGAUCCUCUUCCGGAAGGAAGUCUUCCCUGCAGAUGUGCAGCAACUGUUGGUGAUAACAGAGGAGGUUUCUUGGAGUCUGGACAAGCAGGAUCCAGAGGAACUAUGGCCCAAUCAGGAUGGAGAGCAGUUGAUGAUGGGCUGGUGGAGAGUGUCACCAGUCUACCAAUGAUGAUGGCUCCUGUGAAGACUGAAGAUGAUGAAAAAGAACUUCAGCCUUGGUCAUAUUCAGCCCACCUUUAUCAAACCCAAACUGAAGGUAACACAGAGGUAGAGGCUCCAACCAACAACCCAGAUAAACAGAUUAAAUCAGAAACUGAUGGAGAGGAAUAUGGAGGACCAGAAAUAAGCAGUGACCCAGACCCGAACAGUCAUUUACAACAACACAGUGACAGAAAGGCUUCAGGCUCUUCUGAGAUAAAAUAUUUGUCACAUUUUGGACCUGAAAUGAAAGACGACGAUAAAAGCUGGAAUGACAACAUGGCACAUGGGUCAGGUGUAAACAAUGAUGUCGAAUGUAAUGCUGUCAAAACCUCCCUCAGCUGCUCUGACUGUGGUGAAGAGUUUCACUCUCAACGAUCUCUCCAGAGACAUUUAACAAAAAGGUCUUGGAGCUGCUUGAAUAGUAAGAAAUGUUUGACACAAAGUAAAAAUAACCCAAAACAGGUCCACACAGGAAAGAAAACAGUUCGAUGUGAUGUUUGUGGUAAAAUCUUUAGUCAUAGAGUAAAUCUUAAUAGACACAUGAAAAUCCACACGGGAGACAAACCAUUCAGCUGUGAUGAAUGUGGACAUAGAUUUAGUCAAAAGACAGACUUCAACCGACACAUGAGAAUCCACACGGGUGAGAAACCAUUCAGCUGUGAUGAAUGUGGGCAAAGAUUUAGUUACAAGACAAGUUUAAAAUUACACAUGAGAAUCCACACAGGAGACAAACCGUUCAGCUGUGAUGAAUGUGGACAUAGCUUUAGACGAAAAUGUAAAUUAAAUGAACACAUGAGAAUCCACACAGGAGAGAGGCCAUUCAGCUGUAUUGAAUGUGGACAAAGAUUUAGUCAAAAGACAUACUUAAACCAGCACAUGAGAAUCCACACAGGUGAGAAACCAUUCAUUUGUGAUAAAUGUGGGCAAAGAUUUAGUCAAAAUACAGGCUUAAACCAACACAUGAGAACCCACACAGGAGACAAACCAUUCAGCUGUGAUGAAUGUGGACAAAGAUUUAGUCAAAAGACAUACUUAAACCAGCACAUGAGAAUCCACACAGGUGAGAAACCAUUCAUUUGUGAUGAAUGUGGGCAAAGAUUUAGUCAAAAUGCAGGCUUAAACCAACACAUGAGAACCCACACAGGAGACAAACCAUUCAGCUGUGAUGAAUGUGGACAGAAAUUUAGUCAAAAGAAAAGCUUAAACUUACACAGGACAAUCCACGCAGGAGACAAGCCAUUCAGCUGUGAUGAAUGUGGACAACGAUUUAGUUACAAGACAUACUUAAAUCAACACAUGAGAAUCCACACAGGAGAGAAACCAUUCAGCUGUGAUGAAUGUGGACGCAAAUUUAGUCAAAAGACAAGCAUAAACUUACACAUGACAAUCCACACAGGAGAGAAACCAUUCAGCUGUGAUGAAUGUGGACAAAGAUUUAGUCGAAAUGACUACUUAAAGAAACACAUGAGAAUCCACACAGGAGACAAACCAUUCAGCUGUGAGUUUUGUGGUGACGUUUUUACGUGGCAUCUCUCUUUGAAACGACAUAUUUGUGUCCACACAAAAUAGAGGAGGCACAGUUGCAGGAUUUUGCUGUAAACAAUGUGUUGUUUGCAGUGUCGAUAUGUGCUGGUUAGUGUUAGAUAUUAUUUUAAUUAGUCUUGGAAUGUAUAACAAGUAUGACCCUAAUCAAAAACAUCUAAUUGCAGCUUUGUCCCUGCUAAGCGAGGAAGGUCUAUCAAAAAAGGUCACAAGAGGCAUGAGAAGUGAAACUGACAAGGGGUUUUGAGCAGUGCUUGUGUUUGCAGUAGAAAGAACAUGCAUUUUGUAGUAAGGGGAAUUUCUGAAAGUGAAUAGAGUUUAAGUCUUGGAACAGGAAGUCUGCGCUAUGUAUGUAUGUUUUGCAGAAGUUGCAGGAACAGGAAGCCAGUACCAGACGAGGCCGAGCCAGACUGCAAGAACACAGUAAAGAUCUGCCUUGCAACAGCUGACUAGUUAGUUAUAGCGUCCAAUCACUGUUUAAUUUAGACAAGGUUUAAUUACUGGGUUGAGGGAAAGCAGCAGUGUUCUGAUUUUGGCAGCAGUUUCAGCAGAACUCCUUCCGAUGUAACCAGAGACGGUGAGAUAGUCUCAGAACCCAGAAUUCUGUACACAAUUGUAAAAAUAAAUACAUUUACUUUCAGAGACGCUGUUUGUUCUCACUGACCAAAUCAACAAAUGCACGUGGAAAAUCUUAGGUAAAAGGAUAUUAGUGUGUAAAGUACCUGGUCUUUAUUGUCUGUACAUUUUUAAGGUUUUCUCCAACCUUCAUAGAACUUAAGGGGGUAUUCCAUGGAAGUUGCUCAAGAAAGAAAAAAUAUCGACUCAAACUAGAACCAUCUCCUAAUUUAGUCUCAACUUGUUUGACACUAGAACCGCCAAGGGGUAAAUUUUACCUCCUUGGUUUUUCAAACACUUGUAUCUCAGUUAAAAAAAAAAACCCUACUUCUCAGUAUUUGUGACUUUUCCUGAAAUGGGUCCAGUAAUGGGUCCAAUUUUGGUGAGUGUGUGAUCACAAGAAAUCUGAGCAUAUAUACCUAGAACCACCAAAGAGGUAAUUUAUACCGUCUAAUUUAAUGCACUGUGUUCAGCUGUCGGAUGUUUUCGCACCAUUCCUGGUUGCUUAGUAACGCAUGUGAGUUUGACAGCUGUCAGAGAGUGGGUUUUACAAUCGUUUAGGGUUAUCUAGGGCUAAAUUUGACAAACGGAUAAAUACAAUAGAUGGAUGAAUGCCAAAGAAGCUUUUGACAGAUUUGAGGAUUUUGACAAGUCGGUGGAGGAAUCGGUGGGGGGAGAAAGUGAUCUUUCAUUUUUACCCGGCAAUGAGUCAUCUACUGAGGAUGACCUGAUGAAAGAUUGCAGACCAAGGAAAAGGUCCUGGCUUUUGGCCACAACUGAGGAGUCAUCAACCACACAUACUCAGCCCUGGUAGCCGACAGGCCUGCAGUUAAAGGUGAUGACUUGUCAUUUUGUAACAUCCUGGUAACAUUUUCUUCUCUAGCUGCACUAACUCUACUUUAGCUUAUUUUAUUUGCACCUUUGGCACAACUGUUGACCAGGGUAGACUGUCAGUGCGCCCCAACCGCAUCACGCUGCCAGGGUGGAGAUCAGCCCACGCAAAGGGCGCAAGGGGUCUGCAGCGAUAUCGGCUACCCACCCGAUCCGUCUUGAAACACGACCAAGGAGCCUGACGCACGCGCAAAUCAAAGGACUCGCAGCAAUGUUUAUUUAUAGUAUCUUCCUCUAAAAUGAACUAAAAUAUUGAAAUCUGUUAUUGCUAUUUAAUAUAUGCUGUUUUGACUGUUAAGCAUUUUUUUAAAGUCUCCAUUAUAACCAUUCAAAUAAAUGUAAACGAAUAACUUAAAUGCAUCUUUCUGUUAUUUGCAGCUGUUGCAGCAGAGGGUGGUAAAAAAUUACCCUUCGAGGUUCUGGGAGUAUUGGAAUAUUGGCGGUUCUAGUGUUAAAUUUAGUGCAGCCUUAUUUAACCCAGGUUCAUUAAAGACAGACUUCAACAAAGGUUGCUUACAAUCUGUCUGAUCUGUCUGAUUCUCCAAAUGUUGGCCUCACACAUUAUUAGGGAUCUACCGAUAUGGAUUUUGAAGGCCGAUACCAUUUUCUUCAUCAGCCUUAGCCGAUGAUCGUUACAAGGAGUGUCCCAAUUCACGAUCUGCACACUUCGAAGUGCGGAUUUGUUGGCUACAUAUGUCAUCACGGUGCGCGAAGAAUUCACAGAAUUUGAAUGACCCUCCAAAUCCACAUUUCCUUUGGCCUCAAACUUAGGCCACUGGUGAUGCAUUCUUCACGGCCUCUUUUCUCCCAGAAUUCAUUGUGCACAAGACGGUGGUGAAUCAGAAAUCGAACUCAGAAGAGGACUUUUUAGGUUUCAAUAAAAUUUUGUUAAAAUAAAGUGCUUUUUUAAAACUACACUUUAGUAGAAACUUUACAAAACCAAGUACGUUAGAAACAUGUUUGUUAAAUAGUGACACUAAAAAUCUGCAAUAUUCGCUGUUCAUUGAUUUUUAGGGGGUUAAUGAAGUGUGCACCGGCUGGAAAACAGCCUCAGACCAUGUAUUUUUUAAUUUUUAUUUAUUUAUUUUUUACUGUCCGUGUUAACUUACACUGAAGUGUCCUAUGAGUAAUUUCAGAGGCGUAAGUGAUUCAACGUCCUAUGUUGCCAUGGGAAAUUCUUUGCUAAGUAGGCUGUCCCAUUUCACGGACAUUAAGCAGACUUCGAAGUGUGUUGACUCCGGAGGGCACUCCGUAUCCUACGUAGUCUGCACACUUCGAAGUGUGCAGACCCUGAUUUGGGACACACCUAAAGCCUGCCCUUUUUUUUCUUGAGCUGAUAUUUGGAGUCAACACUGCUUUAGCUCCAUCCAUAACCCAUUUACUUCAUAUAAACAGCACAAUGAUAACAAAUGUUAGUCAAAAACAAAAAAGAAAUUUUCAUUUAACUUAAAAUUUAACAAAUGGUAAAAAGAGGUAGAAAUGUGAGGCAGAAUAAGUAAUGUAUCGUAAUGUUUGAACGUUAUCAAACCCAUUUAAGAAACAAAGCUUCUGCAGAGUUAGCUGAUUUUGCUGUUUAACUUAGAAAAUUAGUCAAGAUUAAGGGGUAAAUGCAGCGAUCUGCAACCUUUACAAUCUCAAGAGCCAUUUUCCCUUAGGCCACUUAAAUAAAACUUGUUUCAAGAUUGUUAUAGAAAAGGCAAUUUAUAAUUUUUAAUAAAUAUCUUCUACAGGAAAUUUGUUGUCAUUGUUGAAGAACCACAUUUUAAUUUCUUGUGACAAAGCAGUCUUGUCACUGACAGCUGUCCAUACCUACUGUUGCAAAUAUUUUAUAAGCAUUUUGAUUCAUUUACUCAUUUACUAUUCAUUUACUCAUUUAAGCAUUCUUAUUCAUUUACAUUUUAUCCUUAGAUUUUAGUAACAUGCAUUAGGCUUUGCUUUUAAUAGAACUACAGCUUAAUUGUCAUCAUUGCUUUGCAGGUUACAGAUAGUGUAUUCACAUAAACUCAUAUAAGGUUACUGAGUUCAAUACUGAGAAAACAGCUGACAAUUAGCGGCCUUGACAAUGUUCUAGAUGGCCACUAGGGAGUAAAUCGUAAAUAUUUUUGUAUCUCUUUGCUUAUCUAUUCACUCCUAGCAGAACGGAAUUUCCCAGUAACUCAGAAAUCAUUAAAAAGUACAGCCUUUUGUGUAAAAUGGUGGGAACAGGUAGAAGGAGGUCAGCACAGAGAGACAGACAGAUAACAGGGCAGAGCGAAGUAUCUUUUUCUUUUCAGCUCUGACGUACCCCAAAAGGAGGACCUGGAGGAAUCAAAUUCCCGGAAGAAGGAAGGACCACCUUGCAAAAUACACAUUCACAUGAAUGCUCACCACAUGCACGCACAUAGCCACAAUGCAUUGUAUCACUAUAAAUGAGGAGGAUAACUUAGGUAGGCGGGUCUUUUGGCUGAACCGAAGGUUCCCGACACUUCUGUGUUUUAGUGGACCAGAUGCUAAGGCUAACAGGCCUCCUUCUCGAGAAGAUAUGUAUUGUUUUCUUAUUACUGGCUUAACAAAGAAUUGUCAAUUCUA